AUGACCCGCCUUCCCAAAAACUUGGAGUAUUUCGACAAUAUUAAAACUCCAUUAAGUCUACAUAUAUCGCAAGGAAACUGGAAAAUCUCCAUAGGUGCACUUCCGAAAUCAUUGGUGGAUCUCGACAUUAGCAUGAAUAGGUUGGAGUCUCUGGACGACGAUGUAGUUGAUUUCCUCCUUCAAAAUAAAGUAUCUGUUAAUUUAAAGAAAAACCCUUGGAAGUGCGAUUGCAAGUCGAGAAAAUUUCUCUCCUUCCUUAGAGAUUACGACCCAGGGGAAUAUAAUCUGGCUAUGUAUCGAUGCAAUAUUCCUCUGGAAGAUUGCCCAUCAUCCUGUUUCUGUUGUUUAAACACAUCUGUCUGGACUUCCUUUAUAGUCGAUUGCAGAGAUCAAGGAUUGUUGAAUAUACCAGAAAUUUCAGAUAAUGUUACGUACUUGGAUCUACGAAAUAAUAGUAUCACUGGAAUGACCAUCAUGGAUCGAGAUAUGUUGGACCGGAAAGGUCACGGCGCUGAAUUGAAAUUGUUCCUCUCUGGGAAUCCAUGGACAUGCGAAUGCAUCGAUUUGGAUUUUGUGUUUUUUAUGAAGAAUAUUUCAAAAACUAUUGAGGACUUCUCUGAUGUCCAAUGCCUUGGAAUCGAGAAGGCUAUGGUGUCAGUCGAGGAGUCAGACAUAUGUCCUUCGGCCUUGCCCUAUUACUUAACCCUCGCCACAUCGCUGAUAAUUGUAAUAAUUUUCAUAAAUUUCUUGGUUUGGCUCCGACAUCCGAUCCUGAUUUGGUUCUAUGAAAACGACAUAUGCCAAAGUAUUGCUGGCCGGCAGGAGAUCGACCUGAAAAAAAAAUUCGACGCGUUCCUGUGCUUUACGCACAAGGACGAGGAUCUGGUGGCGGAGUUUGUGGAGAGACUCGAGACCAGCAGACCCCGGUUCAAACUAUGCUUCUACUUGAGGGACUGGCUACUGGGAGUAUCCAUUCCCGACUGCAUCACGAACUCGGUAAAGGAUUCGCGGCGCAUCAUUAUCCUGAUGACGAACAACUUCCUGGAGUCUACCUGGGGCCGUCUUGAAUUCCGGCUAGCCUUACACGCCACCUCACAGGAUCGCUGCAAGCGUCUGAUCGUCGUCCUGUAUCCGGAGGUGAAGAACUUUGACGACCUGGACAGUGAACUGCGUACUUACAUGGUUUUCAACACCUACCUAAAGAGGAACGAUCCCAAUUUUUGGAUCAAACUGAUUUACUCUAUGCCGCACUCCAAGCUGAAUCAGAAUUCAGUUCGCAUAGAGGAGACUACAAUGUAA